AUUUGAAGUCCAAAACAUCUGGAGGACCAAAGUUUGAGAACUACUGAGCUAAGAUAGGUGGAUGACACCAUACUACUAGAAUCAUGGACUUUGAACAAUUACUUGGAAAACAUCAUGGACUUGGAACAAUUGGUAAGGAAGAUCAAAGAAGAAAGUGCAAAGGCAAGCAUGCUGCUGAACACAAAGAAAGCAAAAAUAAUGGCCAUGGAGGACCUAUAUAAAUUCAACCAAGACAAGGAGGACAUUGAUAUAGUUAAAGAUUUCCCGUACCUUUGUUCAGAAUGGAGACUGCAGUCAAGAAGAUUGGUGGAGAGUUGAUGGAUUUCUUGGAGAUGGUUGCUAACAACUGAGUUGACAAAGGCAAAGGCUGAUGUUGGCAGGAGAGACCAAGAAACAGCUUGCACCAGGGCAUACCAAAGACAGACUGCCUAAAUAAAACAUUAAUUGCCAAUCUGUCAUAGAGUUUCUCCAGUAGAGAGCAAGCAGGAGGAAAGAGAAGAUGCCAUUCUUCAAGUCUGCCUCAACCGUCCGAUCUGAUAGCAGCGACCUGGAUCUGGAAGGUCUUGCGGAGGUUGAGUUGGCCAAACUUCAGCGCCAGUUCCGUCUCUUAGAGGGUGACCGUCAUGCCUAUAACGUGGAAUCCCGUGAAAUCAUUCGCAGGCAAAUGGCAGAAGUGAAGCGCCUGCGGAAGGAGAAUGAAGACCUGCUAUGCAGGCAAGCUGUGGCUGAGAGCCGCAGCAACCUGAAGCAGGAAAAAGCCAAAAGUGAUACUCUCCGUUCCUUGUUGGGCCAGCGGGAUGAGGUGGAGCAGCAAAUAAUGGAAGAGAAGAAGCAGAUAGCCCUGCUUGAUAAGGAGAUCCAAAAUUGGCAAAAACGUUUGGCUGACCUAAAGCAGAUUGUGGGCAGUGGGACUCUUAUCCAGGAACAGAAGAACCAGGUGCGGAAGAGAAUACAGACAGCAGAGAACCAGCUAGACAAGGCAUCUAAAGAGUUCAAUUCUCAGCUGGUUGUGAAUUCACAGCUACGGGAAGAUCUAGAAAUUCUCCAGAUUGAACACGAUCGCUUUGAACAGCUUUAUAAGCAUCUAGAGUCGGAGCUGCUGAAUGCUCGUAAAGCUGUGGGAGCCAUUGUCAGCACAUCCUCUGCAGCCUAUGAAGCAAGAGAUGAGGCACAGGCUCGCUUGAUCCAGCUGCAGGACAAGGCAGAGAAGGAUCGAAGACAGCAUGAAACUGAGAUGAAAGAGCUGGACCGCCUUCUAGAGAAUGACCGCCGCAUAUCUGAAUUCAUUGCCAUUAAGCUUCAAGAGAGGGCUAUGACUGAAGAGGCAUUACUAGCCAAGAAGAAGAAAGAUGAAGAGUGCAAACGAAAAGACCCAGAGGAGGAGGAGCUCGAAUCUUACAAUGAUGUCUUCAAUAAAGUUUUGGAACUAACUGGAGCAACAGACCUGGAUACUGCAUUGGAUAGAUAUAUUAAAGUGGAGGAGCGGAACUUUGCCCAGUUCAACUAUGUCAAUGAGCAAAACAAUCAGAAAGAGCAGUUACUGGAAGAAAUCAAAGAGCUCCGCCGUGAAAUAGCAGAGGUCCAAAAGCAAGAUAGUGAGAAGGAGGCAGAACAGCUGUCAAGGCUAAGGGAUGCUGAAGCCCAACAGGAAGAAGUUGUGCAAGAGGCAAACCGAAUGGAGAUCAAGCUUAAAGGUGUCAACAAGAUUUGGGAGCAGCUCAAAAAUGCAAUCGAGUCUCUCUUUUGGAAGCUGCAGUGUGACCACUCAGUGCUGGAAAAUAUUUUAGGGGGAACAACAACUGCCCGGAAUGAAAACGUUGCAAUCUACCUGGGCUUGAUUGAACAGAAGACUAAUGAGCUGUUGGCUAUGUAUUCAUUUUUGCUUGCUGAGGAACAAGACCGGCCCUUUGUGGAGAUAGCACAAUUGCUCCUGGGGCAGACCUUUGAGUAUCGGCCACAGUUGGUCCACCUGCGACCACCUACUACUGGGCCUGGCCAUGACCCUAUAGCAGAAGAAGACCAGAGACCUUUAACACAUGAAGAGCUCAAAGACAAAGUUAUGAAUGAUGUUCUGAGGAAAGCAGCAACACUUUCUCUAAAGAAAAACACACAACUUGAUGCAAGAACUGCACGUUCUGGGUCAAUUGGGACAAAGAAACAGCUGCCAUAUUCUUGACUUGAAUAGGAAUGUAUUCACAGGGACCAUUCACAUUACAAUAUACCCCAGUUCUGAAAUCGAUUCUUGCACGUGAAGUUCAUAUUGGAUCCGAAUCCUUCACAAUCCAUGUCAGGGCUUGCACAAGGAAAAGCCCCUUACCCCGGGGUAUCCAGAUUCGGGCUAAAAUCCGUCUUUUCCCAAAAGAUUUGGGUUGCCCGAAGUUUGAACUUGCCCUUGAUCAUGAUCGGAGCAAAUUAGGGAGGGAUUAGGGUCAGGGGCGGGCAGAGGUCAGAGCAUUCCCUCCCAUCAUCAGAAAGGAGGGGGAGGAGGAGGAGGAGGAAAGAGCCGAAAAAAGGGGAAUUGCUGGAUGCAAAGGGUGACAGGAGAAAGGGGGAAAUCAGGGGUGGCUUUUGGCUGCAGAAGGCUGUCAAAGAGAGGUGGGGGGUGGAGAAAGUAAUGAAGGAGGAGGAGGAAGAGGAGGAGGAGGA